CUGAGGUCGCUUCUCGGAUGUGAGUGAUGAUAUUCUUUUGUUCUAAGUGUCCAAAUCUGAAGUCUGACUAGUCUGAAACAUGGACGUUGGAUUUUUUUGGAAAGCGAUUGAUUGUCCUGUAUGGGAUUGCAAAAGGUCCAAUUGUUUGUUUGCUGGAUUAUAGAGUUACCUCCGAAAUUGAUGUGAAAAGGAUGCAGCACCGUAUAUACUCGAGAGGGAUGGGGAGAAAAGUGUCCGGUGUGGGAACCCUGGUUUUGUACUCAUCCAUGGCAUUUUAGAUGGAAGCUCGGAGUGGUGAACAUGAACAUAUAAUUGAGGUUUAUGGGGAAUUGCCAGCAGAAACAGGGAGGGGUGGGAUAAAAAUUUGUGGUGAGGCACCUUGUGGAUUUUCAGAUUCUAGUACCAGUUCUCAAGAUGCAAAGGAGCGGUCAGCAUCUAUGAGGAAACUUUUGGUGGCAGUUGUUCUCUGCAUAAUAUUCAUGACUGUAGAGGUUGUUGGAGGAAUCCAAGCGAACAGUCUAGCAAUUCUAACAGAUGCAGCUCAUUUAUUGUCAGAUGUUGCUGCAUUUGCUAUAUCCUUAUUCUCCCUGUGGGCUUCGGGAUGGGAGGCAACACCUCGUCAAUCCUAUGGUUUCUUUAGGAUUGAGAUUCUUGGUGCUCUUGUGUCGAUUCAGAUGAUAUGGCUUCUUGCUGGAAUUCUUGUAUAUGAAGCCAUUGAAAGGCUGAUCCAUGAUACAGGUGAAGUUAAGGGCUUUCUUAUGUUUGCUGUUUCUGCCUUUGGUUUAGUGGUUAAUAUUGCCAUGGCACUUUUGCUGGGUCACGGUCACGAUCACGGUCACGGUCACGGCCAUAGUCACGACCACGGCCAUGGUCAUCAUGGCCAUAGUCACGACCACCGGCACAGUGGAGAUGGUCAUGACCAUACUGACGAGGAUCAUGCUGGACAUAAUCCAAAACCCAGAGUCACAUCUGAUGAUCAUCAUCACCAUCAUCAUGGAGAAUUUCUGGAACACCAUCAUGAGAGCUGUCAUCAUCAUGGCCAUGAAACAGAUCAUAGCGAGCCAUUGCUCAAGGCUUCCUGUGAUAUCAAUAACGAGAAAGAGAGUGGGCAUAAACAGAAGAAGCAAUGGAAUAUCAAUGUACAGGGUGCUUAUCUUCACGUGCUAGGAGAUUCGAUUCAGAGUGUCGGUGUGAUGAUUGGUGGAGCGAUCAUAUGGUAUAAGCCCGAGUGGAAGAUCAUCGAUUUGAUAUGCACCCUUAUAUUCUCAGUAAUCGUGCUGGGCACUACAAUAAGAAUGCUUCGGAAUAUUUUGGAGGUUCUCAUGGAGAGCACACCGAGGGAGAUUGAUGCCACAAGGCUCGAAAAGGGUCUCUGCGAGUUGGACGAGGUGAUUGCAGUGCAUGAGUUGCACAUCUGGGCAAUAACAGUCGGGAAAGUCUUGUUGGCUUGCCAUGUUAAAAUAAAGCGUGAAGCCGAUGCGGACAUGGUGCUGAACAAGGUUAUUGACUACAUCAGAAGAGAAUAUAACAUCAGCCAUGUCACAAUUCAAAUAGAGCGUGAGUUGAUGUUGAGCUAGCGAGAUGACCAUCUGUACUUGGGCAUCAAUGCGCUGAAUAUAUGUGGAGAUGUUUAAAGGAUCCGGUGAGUCAACUGUUCGACUGUUCGAUCGUAAAGAUGACGAGUACGGACGCCAUAUAUUCUUGAGAGAGCCAGCCGGAUCAGCAUUGAGGUUUUAGUUGCUCUCUUAAUUGUGCAGUGGACUUGAAAUCUUUCACCAUGCAUAAAAUGCAGUGUGCACUGCCCUUGUUCGCGACUUUAAUUUGGACAUGUUACUACCCAUGCUUGCAUUGUCUGUGUCAAUUGAUCUCGAGUGGAUGUUUAGCAUAUGCAGAAUCAGGGCUGUGAGACGGAACUGCGAUUUCAGCUUUGACUUUUUUUUAGUUGCUAGGUAAAAUAUUUAACAAUGGAGUGAGCAUCCUAAAUGGAAUAAAACUUAUUUGUCAUA